AUGUGGAAACAGCUUCUAGAGUUUCUGGCCCUCCUCCAGCUCCUCCUACAGCCCUCGCUAGCUAACACAGACGACCAAACUUCCGCUCAGGUCAAUUGCGGAUCAUUCGACAAUCCCACCGCGCUAUGCCGUCCUCGGUUCCGCUACUGGCUUCCCGACGCUAGUGUCGAUGCCUCGAUCGUACAGGAGAAUAUCAAGUCUGCUGGUGAAAUCGGCGCCGGAGGCGUAGAGCUGGUGCCGUUUUAUAACUAUGGAGGCCAAUUGGGCGGCCAGCCGACUGGCGCAAACUGGUCGAAGUAUGGAUUUGGAACUCCUGCUUUUAGAGAAAUCUUUGUUGCGGCUUUGCGAGCCCAUAAAGAGGCUGGACUCUAUAUGGAUUUCGCGAUGGGUCCGAAUCAGGGACAGGGCGUCCCUGCGCAUUCGGAUGAUGAGGGGCUUCAGUGGGAUUUGGAGCCGUUCUCUGUUGUCGUGCCCCAGGAUGGUCAUUUUGAAGGAGUGAUUCCUGGCUGGGGAGCUGGAGAGCUAGUAGCUCUGGUGGGCGCCGAGGUACUUUCGUCAAAGAAUAUGAGCGUGGCUCCCGGCAUGACCUUAUUUGGGGAGCCACAGACCUGGUAUCUGCAGCUCACCCUCAAGAGUGGUACUCUAAAAGAGUGGACGCAGCUUGUCUCAUCUACGGGCCACGUCUCUCUCAAGUUACCAUCAACGAAAUCAUCGUACCGACUCUUUGCCUUCUAUCAAUUCCAGACCCAUGAAAAGAAUCUCGAUUACAGCGCGACUGUGUCCAGGACAAUCUUCGACAACGGUUCAUAUACCGUGGAUCAUUUCAGUGCUCGCGGAGCGCACACAACCACUAAGUUCUGGGAAGAGCAUAUGCUCAAGGAUGGAGUGCAAGAGCUGUUAAUGAAUGUUGGUCACUAUGGUUGGGAGGAUAGCAUGGAGAUUCGAGCGAAUAUCUCGUGGACGCCAUCGCUACCGGAACUCUUCAAAUCCAAGUACGGCUACAGCCUAAAGCCGUUCCUACCACUGGUCAUGUUCGGUGACAACAACAUCGACAUCCAGGCCACGCAGCCCGGGAUGAUCCAAUGUGUUCUGGAUACUUCUGACCAGGGCGUGGGCUAUCUCAACGACUUCAGAGGUGCCCUGGUUGAAGGAUACCGAGAAUAUAUAUAUCGGCUAACACACUGGCUCAACUCAAAACUGAAUCUGCAAAUGUCUACGCAAGUCUCGUAUAACCUCCCUAUGGACAUGGAAGCAAAUAUCCCCUUAGUCAACGCCCCUGAAUGUGAAAGCCUGCAGUUCUCAAACAAUAUCGACGGUUACCGCCAGUUCUCCGGACCGGCCAACCUGGCUGGCAAGCGCGUCAUCUCCAACGAAAUGGGAGCCAUGAUAUUCAAGGCGUAUAACUUCCCACACUCGGAACUCCUCUUCGCUAUCAACAGUGCGGUUUCCGGCGGAGUUAACCAGUUUGUCUUGCAUGGUGAAUCGUACACGGGCAAUUACUACGACACCACCUGGCCCGGAUACACAGCGUUCAGCUAUCUUUUCUCUGAGCCGUACUCGGACAAACAGCCAUCCUGGAAUCAUGGGUUUGGCGAUGUCCUCAACUAUACAGCGCGUGUACAGCUCCUGCAGCAGUCUGGGGUCCCACGCACCGAUGUUGCUAUUUACAAUAAGGUGUCGGCCACGAACUAUAAUUUUCCAACAGUAUACACCUCCACAGAUAUGCUUGACGCGGGCUACACUUACACAUACCUUUCCCCAGACAACUUUGCCCUGCCGGAGGCCACGGUCCAAAAUGGUAGACUGGCACCGAACGGCCCUGCAUACAAGGCAAUGGUAAUCACCAGUAACAGUAAUCUUACCUUGGAAGGCGUGCAUUACAUCCAGAAGUAUGCCCGUGCCGGCCUUACCGUGAUUAUAAGCGGCGGAGACCCCGGGGUGUACGCGACCCGAGAUGGAAGAGAUACUUCUGCUGUCAAGCAAGCCAUCCAAUCCUUGAAGCAUACCAGGAACGUUUACAGCGUUCCAUCAGGCCAAGUUGCGGCCAAACUGCACUCGCUCGGGUUGAAGCCCCAGGUAGGCAUAGAGACCAAUGGAACCUGGUACACGACUUGGCGUGAGGAUGACCAGACUGGCAUGGACCAUGCGUUUAUCUUCUGCGACACCAAUGCGUCCACCGGCACUGUGGAUAUCGCUAGCACGAAGGCUCCGUUCAUCUUGAACCCCUGGACGGGCGAAAUGAAGCCCGCGCUCAACUACAAGCGAGCCGAUGGCCGGAUUGUACUCCCACUAAGUCUAGCGGGCAAUCAAACGCUCAUGAUCGCCUUCUCCAACAACACCGUCGCGCCUAUGGUGCAUGCGACGCAGAUCCCGUCUACCGUCGUUGACUACGACCAUUCCCCACAGACCGGUGCUAUACUACACGUCGCCGCCGGCCCCGAUGACAAGCCGUUGAUUUUGUCCAACGGCAGCCGGGUCACCACACUUGCUACCGGUGUUGCUCCGUCAAUCACAUUGUCCAAAUGGACAUUGACCGUUGAGCACUGGGACGCGCCUCAGGAGAUGAGCGACGCAUCGGUGAUCGCUUCGAAGCACAAUACAACGCACCAGCUCAGCUCGCUCGUCUCCUGGACGCAGAUCGACGGCUUGCAGAACACCGCUGGAAUUGGCUACUACACAACCAGCUUCGCCUGGCCUCCCUCUGUGCACGCCGCAGAUGGCGCAUACCUGGUCCUCCCACCCAUCAUUCAUGCUGCCCGGAUCAUGGUGAAUGGACAGCGUCUGCCGUCUGUCGACCUGGCCGCUCCGCGCGCCAACCUCGGACCGUAUCUUCAGCCUGGUCGAAAUGUGGUGACUAUCAUUGUGCCUACGACCAUGUGGAACUAUCUCCGCAGUAUUUUCGGACAGCUCCGGAACGCAGGAAUUAAACCCCUGUUGCUGGAGGAGACGAGCACCCUGCCGGGGAGGGGGCCGAAUGGGCUCGUUGGGGAGGUUGAGUUGGUGCCGUACGUCGAUGUGCGAAUUUGA